CCAGAUCGCGACCGCAUACAGCCUGUCGGCGAUCUCCCACCAUCCUCGUAAAGGCAGGUGCCUUAAUAUACAACUUCGCUAACCAAACCCUAUCCAAGAACUUCAAGGUAGGCAUUACGUGGGUAAAUGUCAAAAACGCCAGUGGAAAUCCCGGAAAAAUUAAUUGACGGAGUAAUUCUGGAAGCUAAGGAAACCAGAUCGGCAUAGCAAUGUUCUCCCCGCACCAUGCUCUCGCCACCUUUUCAUUCUGCGACGCGACAAAGCCCGGUGGCAUCUUGAGCACUGAGUUAAAGUGUGCAUAUAUUUGCAGACUUCUGGAAAAGCGCGGAGAAGGCUAAAUGAAAAUGGGGCCAUCGUAGAUGGUUACCCGAUCUUUUACCAGGGACAAAUCGAUGUAGAUCCUGUUUGAGGGCGGUCGAACCCUGGGCUAGAUGCCAUGUCUUAGAUAUAUAUAUAUAUAGUGGCCCACUGCACGUCAUUUGGGUGUGGUACUUGAGCCCUACCUGUUCCUUUCACAAUGUGGUCUCUACGUAGUUCAUUGACGGCGCUUCUCGCCUCGACGUCCACCGUGCUGGCUCAGAACUCGACAUACCUCAACCCGGUGCUUCCCGGCUGGCAUUCUGACCCAUCAUGCACUCAAGUCGACGGGACCUUCUAUUGUGUAACCUCGACUUUCAUCGCAUUCCCCGGUCUCGCCAUCUACGCUUCGAAAGAUCUGAUCGACUAUAAGCACAUCAGCCAUGCGUGGAACCGCGAGUCUCAGCUUCCCGGCUACAGCUACGCCACCAAGGGUCAGCAAGAGGGUAUGUACGCGGCGACCAUCCGCUACCACGAAGGCGUCUUCUACGUGAUUUGCGAAUAUCUCGGCGCCGGCCAGCUCGCUGGUGUCUUGUUCAAAUCCACCGACCCGUACGACGACGCUUCUUGGAGCGAUCCCGUCAGAUUCGAAGCACCCAAGAUCGACCCGGAUCUAUUCUGGGACGAUGAUGGAAAGUUCUACGUCGCGACCCAAGGAGUCAUCCUGCAGGAGAUGAACAUUGAGACGGGAGAGAUGGGUCCUGUCACGUCAUUGUGGAACGGCACUGGCGGCGUGUGGCCUGAAGGCCCCCACAUCUUCAAGAGAGACGGCUGGUACUAUCUCAUGAUCGCAGAAGGCGGUACAUCGUGGGACCACGCCGUCACUAUGGCUCGCGCGAAGACUGUUACCGGGCCUUAUGAACCAAGUCCUCACAACCCGCAUAUGACGAACCGUGGCACGCAAGAGUACUUCCAAACCGUUGGCCACGCGGAUCUCUUCCAGGAUACGGAGGGCGCAUGGUGGUCGGUAGCGCUAGCAACACGCGUUGGUCCUUACGGAUCUAAUUACCCCAUGGGAAGAGAGACAGUCUUGACACCAGUCACCUGGAACGAGGGCGAAUGGCCCGUCUUCCAGCCAGUCCGUGGCAACAUGACCGGCUGGCCACUACCUGCCCGCAGCCGCGACAUCCCCGGCGACGGCCCCUUCAACAGCGAUCCCGACGUGUACGAUUUCGAAGAAGGCUCUGCGAUCCCACGCAAUUUGAUGUACUGGCGCGUACCCCGCGACGGAGCCGUCGAAGUCACAGGCGAAGGACUGCAACUCUCUUUGGGCAGAAACAAUGUCGCAGGCUCCCCUGGAGGCUCUGAACCCGCCGCCAAAGCCAUCUCUUUCAUCGGACGCCGUCAAACCGACAGCACCUUCGACUUCAGCGUCGAUCUCACAUUUGCGCCCAACGCUCCAGAGCAAGAAGCCGGUAUCACUGCUUUCCUCACGCAAGCAGCAAACAUCCAAUUAGGCAUCAUCCAGAAAGAAGACCAGUUGUCUUUCCGCUUCAACGCGACGGGCAAGAACACAACCACCCCCCUACCUGCUGAGUGGAGCGGCGAGACAAUCCGUCUACACAUCGAGACACCUUCACCCAACCAAUACGCCUUCUCCGCGUCGCUGACUGCAGAGAACUCGACCAAGAUUGCUGUAGGAAAUGGAACCGGUGUAGAGUUGAGCGGUGGAACGGGAUCUUUCGUUGGCACGCUUAUUGGUGUGUAUGCUACUUGCAACGGAGCUGGGUCAGGUUUGGACUGCCCUGAAGAUGCGCCCAAAGCGUACUUCAACAGGUGGAGGUAUACUGGAAGGAGUCAGUACAUUACGGCGCAGGACUCGGUGCCUAGCGCUCAGUUUAACAAGGCGGUGUGA